GGGCCCUGGCGGCGGAGGCUCCGCCCGGCCGGAGCCCGGCGGCGGGGGGCGGGCCGGCUCCGCGGGGCGCGGGGGGCGCGGCCGGGGAGCUACCGUAUUUGCAGCGGGCGGCGCAGCCUCCGGAGGGGGAAAACCACGGCCGGAGACCGGGAGGAGCCGGGGCGCAGCCUGGGCUGAGCUGGUGAUCGCGGCCGGCCGGCGGCGCCCAUGACCGAGCUGGUGCCGUCCCGGGGGGGCCGGUCCCCGGCGGGGGACGGGGAGGAGGGCCCGGGGGAGGAGCCGGGCCUGGUGAUCCACCACCCCGCGGAGGAGCCGCCGCCGCACCGCUGCGCGCUGUGCGGCCGGACCUUCGCGCAGCGGCCCAGCCUGGCGCGGCACCAGAAGGCGCACGGCGGGGGCGGCGGGGCGGCGGCGGGGCGCGGCGGCGGCGGGGCGGCGGCCUUCGUGUGCCCGGAGUGCGGCAAGGCGUUCAGCGUGAAGCACAACCUGGAGGUGCACCAGCGCACGCACACGGGCGAGCGGCCCUUCGCGUGCCCCGAGUGCGGCCGCCGCUUCAGCCUCAAGCAGAACCUGCUCACGCACCAGCGCAUCCACAGCGGCGAGAAGCCGCACCAGUGCGCGCAGUGCGGGCGCCGCUUCCGCGAGCCGCGCUUCCUGCUCAACCACCAGCGCACGCACGCGCGCCUCCCCGCGCUCCCGCACCCGCGCCGCCCCGGCGUCUUCGGCGAGCGCCGCCCCUACCGCUGCCCGCGCUGCGGCAAGAGCUUCGCGCGCGAGGGCUCGCUCAAGACGCACCAGCGCGGCCACGGCCACGGCCACGGCCACGGGCCCGACGCCCCGGCCGCCGCCGCCGCGCACCUGGGCCGCGCGCGCUGA